CCACUCUCUAUCCCUGAUUCAAUCGCCUGAUCCCUUCGCUGAUUGCCCAUUUUGCCCUAAAUUCACAUUUGAACAUUCUUAAUUGCUGAAUUUUAACCCUAAUUUCAUGGAGGCUGCUGCAACAAAGGUGAAGAAGGGUGCUGGAGGAAGGAAGGGCGGCGGCCCGAAGAAGAAGCCGGUGUCCCGUUCAGUCAAAGCCGGUCUGCAAUUCCCGGUCGGUAGAAUUGGCCGUUACUUGAAAAAGGGUCGCUACGCCCAGCGGGUCGGCACUGGAGCCCCGGUUUACAUGGCAGCUGUUCUUGAGUAUCUUGCUGCUGAGGUUUUGGAGUUGGCUGGAAAUGCAGCUCGGGACAACAAGAAGAACAGAAUUAUCCCGAGGCAUGUGUUAUUGGCUAUCAGGAACGAUGAGGAGCUUGGAAAAUUGCUGCAAGGAGUAACCAUUGCUUAUGGUGGAGUGCUUCCGAACAUUAAUCCAGUAUUGUUGCCAAAGAAGGCUGGUGGAGAUAAGGCCACUAAAGAACCAAAAUCACCCUCAAAGGCUACCAAAUCCCCCAAGAAGGCUGCAGCUUAGUUUAGCUUAGAAUGAGUUUUUAGAAUAAUUGGGUAGGAGAGGAUGAAGAUUGUAAUGUGUAGUUAUGUUGUUAGACCCCUUUCUCUUUGAAUCCAUGAAUGAAAAGUGAAAACCCUUGUUUCAGUUCUU